AUGGCUGUUUCAGGUGAACUCGAUAUCAAAAUGGACCACGAGUGUCUAGAGGUCGAAAAUAUUACGGGUGAGGUCUCCUUUUCGCCCGAGGAGGAAAAGGCUCUUUUGCGCAAGAUCGAUAUGCACUUGUUGCCGACUAUCUGGAUCAUGUACUUGCUGUCCUACAUGGAUCGAACCAAUAUUGGUAAUGCAAAGAUUUCCGGCAUGCAAACAGACUUGGCCCUUACCUCGAACCAAUACUCCAUCUCUCUGGUGGUUUUCUUUAUUGGAUAUGUCAUAUUCGAAGUACCUAGCAACCUUGUCCUCAGCCGAAGCCGCCCUUCAUAUUUCCUCCCGGCCAUCAUGAUCAUCUGGGGAGCCCUCACAAUCAUCAUGGGUGUGAUCAAGGACUUCAAACAUCUCGUUGUCCUCCGAACCCUGAUUGGAUGUGUCGAAGCCGGCUUUGCGCCCGGUGUCCUCCUCGUGCUCUCCUCCUGGUACAAGCGAGCCGAACAAUCCAAGCGAUUCGCCGUCUACAUAUCGGCUGCCAUCUUAUCUGGCGCAUUUGGUGGACUUCUCGCCGCUGUUAUUGUCGAUGGUCUUGAAGGUGCUCAUGGUAUCCGGGGAUGGCGUUGGCUUUUUAUCGUCGAGGGAGCUGCAACUAUUGGAUUCGCCUUGAUCUCCAAGUUCAUUUUGUUGGAUUUUCCGGCUACUUCUCGUCUGCUGACAGAGAGGGAGAAGCAGAUUGCUAUUGCUCGUUUGGCAAGGGAUGAUGUUACUUCAGCUUCCGAGGAUCCCACAAGGAGAUUGUCCAGCAUCAAGGCAUUGAAGCAAGCCGUUAAGAAAUGGAAGACCUGGACGUUUGUAGUCGGUUAUAUGGUCAUCGUCGGAUCCAGCACCCUAUCCUACUUCUAUCCAACCCUUAUCAAGGGCCUCUUUGGCGAUGCCUCAACCCAGAAAAUCAACUUCCUCACCAUCCCCAUCUACGGAGUCGCCUUCGUCUGUACCAUUAUUACUGCAUUGUUCGGUGACAAAGUCCCCCAGAAGCGAGGUCUCAUUAUCGCUGGUUGGCUGGUGUUCUCCAUGGUGUGCUCCAUCAUUGUCUGUGUUGUCUACAACUUCACUGCACGAUAUGUCCUCUUGGUCCUUAUGGCUGCUGGCUUGUGGUCAACCAAUGGAGCUGCACUUGCAUAUGCUUCUUCAUCCUUUGGUGACUUUGAUCCCCAGGUUAGAGGUGUCAGUCUUGCUAUGGUUAAUGCUUUGGGUAACCUGGCUCAAAUAUAUGGAUCGUACUUAUUCCCGUCCGACGACGCUCCAAAAUACCUCAAAGGCUUCGGUGUUAUCUCCGGAAUGCUCGGUGUCGGUGUUGUUGUCUACACUUUGCUCCAUAUCUGGAUCAACCGUGAGGCAAGAAAGUCUACUCAAGGUCAUGGUUUGUAA